AUGAGCAUGCGUCUGGGUGGUGGGCUCCCGGGCUAUAAAAACAAGCCGCCGUGUCACCAACGGCGACACUCUACACUGACUCGUGCGUUGCCGCUAACAAUGUUUCAUGUUAUUAUGGACACCAUGCAGGGCUUUGGGGUGAGCAGCACCCGCUACCUGCAGACCAACUACCAGGAUGCCCAAGGUUUGUUCCUCUGGGUGUCAUGGGCAGCAGAUCUCAGGAACACUUUCUUCAUCUUCUUCCCACUCUGGUUCCACCUCCGGUCGUCAGUUGGCAUCAAGCUCAUCUGGGUGGCUGUCAUCGGAGACUGGCUCAACCUGGUGUUCAAAUGGAUUCUGUUUGGGGAGAGGCCCUACUGGUGGGUCCACGAGACGCCUUAUUACGCCACCAGUGUUCGCCCUGAUAUUGAGCAGUACCGCAUGACCUGUGAGACGGGUCCAGGAAGCCCCUCCGGUCACGCUAUGGGAGCAGCGAGUGUCUACUACACCUUGGUUACAUCCAUUCUCGCCAUCGCAGCCACCAAGAAGAAACACGGUGGAAGGAAGUCCUCCAACAACAGCUACCUGAAGGCAGUCCUUUGGACCGUGUUCUGGGGAGUCCAAGUGUGCGUCUGUCUGUCGAGGGUCUUCAUCGCUGCCCACUUCCCACACCAGGUCGUUGCUGGAGUCAUCACAGGUAUGAUCGUGGCCGAGGCCUUCAACAGAACCCAGUGGAUCUACAGAGCCAGCAUGAAGAAGUACUUCUACACAACACUUUUCCUGACUUCUUUCGCCGUGGGGUUCUACCUGCUUCUCAGAGUCGUGGGUGUAGACCUCUUGUGGACGCUGGAUAAGGCCCAGAGAUGGUGCGCCAGGCCCGAGUGGGUCCACCUAGACAGCACACCGUUCGCAAGCCUCCUACGCAACAUGGGCACGCUGUUCGGCCUGGGCCUGGGCCUGCACUCGCCAUUAUACACCGAGACCAAGCGCAGCAGCAGUGCGGUGUCCCGGGUUGGCUGCAUCGUUGGCUCUCUGCUGCUACUGCACCUCUUCGACUCCUUCAAACCACCCACGCACACUGCUGCCCUCUUUUAUCUGCUCUCCUUUUGCAAGAGUGCCACCGUGCCCGUGGCGACCGUCAGCAUCAUCCCCUACCUGGUGAAUAGCGCGCUGGGCUUGCACAGCAAAAAGGCAGCGUGA